AGUUUUCUUGUAUACUUAUUGUUUUAUAAUAUGUCUACCUUUUCUCGUGUUUCUCGUAUCCUUCCUCGCGCCUCUUUGGCUCUUGCCUCGCGUCCAGUUAGCCGUCCUGUUCUCGGUGCCGUCCGUCCUGCAUUCAACACUCUGCGUAACUUUUCCUCUACCAGCCCAAAGUCUAUCGCUACUGUCCAGCACGCUGCUCCUCAGUGGAUUGGUGAUGCCGUUGUUGACGGUGAAUUCAAGCAAUUGUCUUUGGCUGACUACAAGGGCAAGUUUGCAGUAUUGGUCUUUUAUCCUGCUGACUUUACCUUUGUUUGCCCCACCGAAUUGCUUGCAUACAGCGAUCGUAUUGAAGAGUUCCGUGCAUUGGGUGCCGAGGUUAUUGGUAUCAGUGUAGACAAUGUCCAUUCUCACUUGGCUUGGACUAAUGUACCCAGAAAGCAGGGUGGUCUUGGUGCUAUCCAGAUUCCUCUUGUUUCUGAUAUCAAGAAAGAUAUUUCGGCCGAUUACAAUGUAUUGAUCCCUGAGGCUGGAAUUGCUCUCCGUGGUCUGUUUGUCAUUGAUCCAAAGGGUACACUUCGCGUGGCUCACGUUCAUGAUCUUCCCAUUGGUCGUUCCGUCGAUGAGACUCUUAGAAUCAUCGAGGCUAUCAAAUUCACUGAUGAGCAUGGAGAGGUUUGCCCUGCCAACUGGAAGAAGGGUGACAAGACUAUCAAGCCUAACCCCAAGGGAUCUCAGGAGUACUUUGAAUCUGUAAACUAAAAAGAAAAAAAAAACACACACAAUCCUUGAGGGGGUUAUUAUUAUAUUAUAUACAAAUCAAUUUGUCUUUGUGUGUGUGUGUGUGUAAAUAGGAAGAGAAAAAAAAGUAUUAGUGACUAAUGGUAUAGCUUGAUGCUUCUUAGCCAAUUUAAUAUGAAUUACAUAUAC